AUGGAGCCUGAUUUUGGACAAACAAACUAUUCAAACAAUAGUUUUAAUAGUACUGAAUCAACACAACCAAUUAAUUACAGUGAGAAAUCAAAUGAAUUAAGAAAUCUCCAAGCAAGACAAGAUGAACAAAUUGAUAUGAUUGCAGCAUCUGUUAGUACACAAAAGAAAAUAGCACAAAACAUUAACCAAGAGAUUGAUGAACAAGAACCACUUCUUGAUGAAAUUUCAAGUAAGGCAAAUAGUGUUGAUGCACAUAUUCAAAAGACUACACAAAAAGUUGACAAAGUUAGAUUAAGAGCAUCAGACAAAGUGAGUAUUUUAAUUGUUGGAGUUCUUUUAGUAGCACUUGUUAUUGUGAUUAUACUUGCAAUAGUUUUGUAA